CUUCUGUCGGAGCUCGGAAACGAAUCGAGCCAGGGCCCACUUCAAUCGUUCGGAAACGAGAUGGCUCCGGGGAAGCGAGGCAAGGCCAAAGGGGCGGCGCCGCCGCCGGCGACACCCGCCGCAGCCACGACUGCCGGAGCUGGAGGGUUCCCGGGCUGCCUCCGCCUGAUGCCGCCGUCGACCGUGGCCAUAUCCAUCCACGCCAAGCCCGGCUCCAAGGUCGCCACCAUCACAGAGAUCGGGGACGAGGCGGUGGGCGUGCAGAUCGACGCGCCGGCGAGGGAUGGCGAGGCCAACGCCGCGCUUGUCGACUUUAUCAGCUCGGUACUUGGGGUGAAGAAAAGAGAAGUAUCUAUAGGCUCUGGUUCCAAAUCGAGGGAAAAGGUUGUACUAGUACAAGAUGCGACUCUUGAAGGUGUCUAUGAUGCUUUGAAGAAGUCUUGUAAUUGUGCCUGAGGUAUGUAUGCUAAGCCUGGAAUUACUUGAACGGGCAUCAGAGUGUUUCUGAUUAACAUAUUUGCCCUGUUGAUGACCUUCCUAGUAUAGUAGCUCCUAAUGAUCCUGUUCCAGCUCGCAAACAGAAGUUUGAAAAUGAAGUGACUGGCUAAAGAUGAGGCCGUUCUCUUCCUUAAGUUGCCAUAAUGCAUAUAUGUCAACGAGAUGAUGGUGUAAGGAAUGCAAAUUCACCAAACAUUACUAAACCUUGGUUUGUAUGGCUAAUGCUCCCAUGUGUGUGGGCUUGGGAAGGGAUGCACCCACGUGGUGUGAUCCUUUGGUUUUGAACUGUAACCGUGUCAUCUCUAGCCUUUUGGGCCACAUGGCUGGACUGGCCUUUUGUGCUAUAUAUUCCAGGGUUACUGGGCCAGAUCCUACCAGCUUUGACAACUUGUUGCGCUCUCAAUUUUUGUUAGACCUUCAACGAGAUUAUCAUUGUUUC